UCUAAUGCAGAAUCAGCAGUGAGCAGCAGCAGCAUCAUCAACACCAUCAUCACACCGAGCGCAGGUGCAUUGGUCCCCAGCUCUCCUCUCCUCUCUGCUGGAUAGGAUGAGACGAUGGCUCGCAGGAGAGACGAAGAUGAUGAUGAUGACGGACGGAAGCUGAUAGAGGAGGAUGAAGAUGAUGCGCGUUCCAUCAUGGACAGUGAGGAUGAGGACGAUCUGUCCCUGGACGAGAUUUUACAUCUAUACAAGCAGCCCAUCAACGAGGAGCAGGCGUGGGCUGUGUGUUACCAGUGCUGUCGAUCUUUUCUGGAGGAUUCGGACGGGUCCGGCGGCUCUGCUGGUACCGGAGGAGCGGGACACGUGAGGAUUUAUAAAGACGGAUCGGUGCGGUUUCAUUCCGGAGACAGAUCAGGUGCGCGUAAUCCCAGCCGAUCCUCCACACAGGUGAUUGAAUCUCUGGGCAUCAUGAUCUAUAAGGCUCUGGAUUACGGGCUGAAGGAGAACGAGGAGCGAGAGCUGAGUCCGCCGCUCGAGCAGCUCAUCGACCUCAUGACCAACGUGGCCGACGCAGAGAGCGACUCCUGCGCCGAUGAAGGCUACGCCGCCACUGAGGAAGAGGAGGAUGACCGUGAGGGUGAUCCCGCCCACCCCUGCCGUAUCCGCGGCUACCGUGACAUCAUCAAGCUGUGCACCCUUCACCUGCCCACGCCGGCAGACGCGCCCAAUCACUACCAGGCCGUGUGUCGAGCUCUGUACGCCGAGACCAAAGAGCUCCGCACCUUUCUGGAGAAGAUUCAGAGCGCCAAAGAGAAUCUGCGUAAGAUGGAGGGCGACACCGUUGACGAACCUGGCAGGGAGCUAAACGAGCUGCAGAAUGCUGAUUGGGCGUGGCUGUGGGUGCAGGUGAUGCGAGAUCUGAGGAACGGUGUGAAGUUAAAGAAGGUGCAGGAGCGGCAGUAUAACCCGCUGCCCAUCGAGUUCCAGCUCACGCCGUACGAGAUGCUCAUGGACGACAUCCGCUCCAAACGCUACAAGCUACGCAAGGUCAUGGUGAAUGGAGAUAUUCCUCCCAGAUUAAAGAAGAGCGCUCAUGAGGUCAUACUGGAGUUUAUCAGGUCCAGACCCCCACUCAACCCCGUGGCGGCACGUAAACUCAAACCGCAGGCCGAACGCCCUCCCAGCCUGCAUGAACGCAUUCUGGAGGAGAUCAAAUCAGAGAGGAAGCUGAGGCCCGUGUCGCCCGAUAUGAUCCGUAGAAGUCGAUUUGUCAUUCGGCCUCUUAGCAUGUCUCAGAGUUUUGAUUCAUCAGAUGUUUCCUCCUCAGAUGGGGCUAGGAAGGCCUCCAGCACACUGUCGUUGGCCAAUGGCGUGUCGCUUCAGCAGAACGGCUCUGGCGGGUUUCAGAGGAAAAGGCUUCAAGCACCGACUCUGGCUGAACUGGACAGCUCUGAUUCAGAUGACGAGACCAUAGGUCAAAGGUCAGCCAGCUGCUCCAGCAUCUCUACGUCUAUGGUGGACGACACGUCGCCAGAAUCCGUCCUGGGAAAAAAAACUCCACCCAUGUUCCUGCCCAUCUCGUCCACGCCGCAGCCAGAGAGACGUCAGCCCGCCCAGCGCCGCCACUCCAUUGAGAAAGAAACGCCCACCAGUGUGCGCCACUUCCUGCCGCCCUCCAGACACAGUUCAAAAUCCUUAGAGGAGUUUUGUUUCCCGGUGGAGUGUCUGGCUCUGACGGUGGAGGAAGUGAUGCACAUUCGGCAGGUUUUGGUCAAAGCCGAACUGGAGAAGUUUCAGCAGUAUAAAGAGAUCUACAAUGCCAUGAAGAAGGGGAAGCUGUGCUUCUGCUGCCGAACGAAACGGUUUUCCUUCUUUACCUGGUCGUACACCUGUCAGUUUUGUAAAAGGCCUGUGUGUUCACAAUGCUGUAAAAAAAUGCGCCUGCCAUCAAAGCCUUAUGGCAGUCUCCCCAUUUACUCUCUGGGUCCGUCCACGUCCACUUUGAAACGGGACUCGUCCGGCCACAAGCCAGAGAAGCCCAGCACGAGCCACCAUCGACCCAGCCUGCAGCGCACAAUGUCCAGAUUGUCUAAGCACACGCGUCAGUCGUCCUCGUCUCAGGAGGAAAUGGAUCUCCCGAAGGAGCUGAUGGAAGACUGGAACACCAUGGAGGUUUGCGUCGACUGCAAGAAGUUCAUCACCGACAUUAUUGCUUCAAGCAAGCACAGCCUGUCUCUGGCCAACAAGCGAGCGCGCUUGAAGCGCAAGACUCAGUCCUUCAUCAUGGCGUCGGAGAAGGGCGCAGAAUACCGGCCGUCGGAGAGAACUAUCAAUGAGGUUUAGACGCCGAUGGAUCUGGAGCAGAUGUUGUUGUAGUAUAGAUUAGGACGGGUCUGUCAGAUGUGACAUACAGGGCCAAUAAACUCUUAUGGAUGUGUAGCAGUUCUUCCACACAGACAAACACAUGGGUUGUUUUCUGUUCUGUCCUGUGAAGAUGUUGGUUACAUUAGUGAAAAUUCAGCGAAAUUUAACAGCCAGUAAUGACACUGUCCAUUGUCAACAGCACUGUUUACACAUAAGGCACUUCAAACAAAGCAGCUUUCUCUUGGUCAGCAUGGCAAAUUCAUGUGACGAACUUGAUGUACAGAGACCUGCACGUGACAUAUGAAACACGACGCAACAAUGUAUUUAUUCGUUCCUUUGUUUUAUUAUGAUGUUCCCUCAUUUUAAUUAAAUAAAGCAAUAAGCCCCAAGAAGCUGUGGUUUACGGUGAAUUUAUAACAGCCAAGGGGCGUUGUUAGGCACGACACAAAGCAGAUUCACUGUAAAUCACAGCUUCACUGGGCUUAUUGCUUUUAUAAAAUGGUUAUUCCAUAUACGUAGUAAGGUUUCACAAAAUAAAACAGCAAAUUAAGUGUAAUGAUAUUAAUAAAAACAUUAUUCUUCCGGCAAACAAUGUAGUUCCUUAAAAACGGUUUUGGUUGCAACAAAGUGGUUGCCGAGCAACGCACAGAUGUAAACAAAGGUGUACCUUUGUAGAAUAAUUUACAACAGCUUAGAACGUGGCUCAACCAAUCAGAAUCAAGGACCGGAACUAUCCA